UACAAACAGAAGCAGCAUCAACACCAGAACCAGCACCAGCUCCAGCACCAUUUUCAGCAUUACCACCAGAAUUAGCAGCAACCAGCACCAGUAGUAGUAACGUAGCAAAAAAGACACGAUAACUAUCCCAAAAAUUCCAGCACAGCACUGUGUCGCAUGUCGAGACUGAGUCAAAUGCCGUCAGUCCUUAAAUUACUUCAGUACGAACUGAAGCUGUCAACGGGAUCGUGUGUGCACGUGCUCCUGCUUCUGCUCGUAACGUGCUGCUGAAACGCCAAUAAGAACGUAAUAUACCGUCACCAUACGUACGUAAAUUCCUUCGUUCGUUCGCUGGCUCGCCUGUUCGUUUGCUGGCUGGCUGGCUUGCUCGCUCGUCAUACUGACACUUCGUAUGUUCGUUACUUGAUUUCUGUGGGAGCGCCUCUCCUUAUCUAUUUCGGGUGUGCGUGUGUUUCCAUUUGUUUGCCUCUGUGUGUGUGUGUGCGUUCUUCCGUCUAUCGUUCCCUUUUCUGGUUCCGGUGCGUUUUACGCUUAUGACGUCCAAUAUGACACGAAUGAUGAUAAUGAUGAUGACACAAUGACGACGGCCACAAUAAUGUGUAUUUGCGUGUGUGUGCGUGAGCGCAAGUUCUGUCAUAUUUGUGAUUCACGUUAUAUUUACACUUAGGUCAAGUCAAACCUUAAACCUUUGAAUGCGCCGCCACAAUCAACCAAAACAAAACAAAGUGAGGAAAUAAGUAAACAGACAAAACGGCUAAAAAUUACUAAGAAAACAGAGGAUUAAGUGAAUGUGAUGAAUGUUUAUGACACGGGUCUAUUAUUUUGCCUUACAGUACAAAAGUGAAUCCGGUAAUGACAAACUUGUUCCUUGUUUCAUUCACUAUACACACUGUAAUGGUUUGUAAACUAUUUACAUAUGAAUUUGGAUUUCUAACCAUGUGUGUGUAUGCAAAGUGGCGCACAAAAUUGAAAUACGGAAAAAUUCAGAGAAAAGCUGUGAAAAAAUUUAACACAUAUUAUGCAACAACUAGCGGAAAAGAAAUGAAAAGUGUCAGUGAAAACGAAUGUUGUGAAAAUAUAAACUGAACCAUUCGAGCAAGAAGAAAGCAAAAAAAAACCAACAUCGACAACAAGUCCAAAGAAUUCGAAGGAGCUGGUUCCAGUGCAAAAUAUGAUUAUACAUAACAUUUAUCAUAGAUACGCGUAUUCUUGCCACACCAUCCAUAAAUGUCUGACGGCGUCCAUGCCACCCAAUUCUGGCCACACAACAAAAAACCCCAUUGCCUCGAACACUACCGUGAGCAACCUUUGCCAAGGAAACCACGAGUUAAGAAGAAAACCAUUUUAACGGGUUUCCUUUCCUGCAAAAUAUAUCUCACACUAAUGCCGUAUUUCACGCAUUUCCGUUUUGUUUUCACACAGCGCAAAAUGGAGAAAUAAAAAAACCUGAACACAAGAUUUCCGGACAAACGCGCAACUUUACCACAAUUUACCAACAACGUGAAUUGAAAUGAUACGGCCCCGUCCUUCUGUGGCGCUAUCCCCUCCUCCCUAAUUGCUGCACACAAAAAAUAUCAAAACUUUAAUAAUUCUCCACAACGAACAGACCCACUUCGCUAAAAGUGAAAAAGGUGGAAGAAAAAAUCAACCGAAAACAAAAAAAAAAGUAAACGAAAAUACGUUAAACUUAAAAUCAAGCAAUCUGCUUGGCAAACAAACCAUAUACAAUUGUGUCUGAGGCACUGAAGUGAAUUCGAAAAUAUUUAACUCUUCGCAAUUCCUUAAGCAACAAAUCGCAAUUGACUUAAAGUUGAAAGGACUUCAACAGUUGGAACGCAGCACAGCAGACACGCAACUGACACAAACAGCAGCCCGAGUUUCAGCAUGGAUGGCAUUUACAUACUUUUGGUAACACUUCUGGCGAUUGAUGUACACCUGAAUCAUGCACUGUACCUUACAAAUCUAUCCGUCCCCCGCAUAAUUGAUGCAUCACAAAAAGCGAAGCUCUUCUGCAGUUAUGGCAUUGGAAAUCAUACGCUCAACUCGGUUAAAUGGUACAAAGACGGCCAAGAGUUUUUUAGAUAUUCUCCACUCACACCACCUACACGAAAUUGGUUUCCUGUUAAAGGUGUUUCCAUUGCCGCAGGCUCAUCGCACUGCAAUCAAUUCAUCUGUGAGGUGGAAUUGGAAAAACUAAAUGCACACUCAUCAGGCUCGUACCGAUGCGAAGUUUCCGGUGAUGCACCCGAAUUCAAAUUAAUCGAUAAAACUGCAAAUAUGACAGUUGGCGUUCUGCCGAAAUUUGAUCCAUUUAUCAGUGGUCUUCAGCACACCUACCGAUACCAUGAUUACAUUCAGCUGAAUUGUAGUUCAGAGGGGUCAAAUCCUCCGGCAACUCUUACAUGGUAUAUCAACAACAAAACGGCAACCAUGAAAGCUGUAAAACCACAAAUCAAUGAAAUCUCUCGGACCACCGACGGAUUCGCCCUAUAUGCCAGCAAUCUGCAAUUACUCAUAAAUAUCGAUGAUUCGCGGUUCAUAACGAAAAGCGAGGUUUUGGAGCUCAAGUGUGUGGCCGAUAUCAUGGGCAUUCCCAGUGUGCGGCGGGAGACGAAAGUGAGAGCCACAAUUCUCGCAUUGGCCGAUAUCAGUUACAAACAAAGACUGGAAAGCCCAAAUAGUGCAGCCCACAGCAUUCAUUGCAAUCGAGUGCAGCUUGCAAUGUGGACAUCAAAGUGGAGUGUGUGGCGCCUAAUUUAUGCUCUAAUGAUGAUGACUUUGGCGAAUUUGUGGCCAACAGGUUGCAAUUAUCGCAUGAGUUAGCUGCCCUCACACUGCUCGAGCAGGGGGAGACUCUUGGGAUGCAGUCAUAACUACUGAAGUAUUUAAGUUAACAUAUAAGGAGGGAAUAGUGGAAUAAGUGAUUUACCUUUAUGUGAGCAUAUCCUUGCCAAACGUUUUGAUGCUAUGAACUAUGUAUUUAACGUAAGUGAAUUUAAUGGCAAGGUUUAAACUGAAAAAUAAACACAUUCUAUAGUAA